GCCAAACCAGCAUCCCAUGUACCCUUGAAGAUUGUUGUAGUUGGUGUAACUCAAAAAACAUCCAAAAAAGAAAAAUGGUAAUCAGAAACAAAAAGAUCGGAAAUGGUUCAAUUUUCUUCGUCUACUUGUUUAUUCUUUCUAACUUAUUGAUCGCCAUAAAAUACACAAUUGCACAGCAAGAUCAUGUAUAUCAAUCAUGUUCAGGAGAUAAUUACACAACCGGCAGUACAUUCCAAGCUAAUCUCAAUCGUCUUUUUCCUUCAAGCAUCCAAAAUAGAUACUACAACGCCACCGUUGGCCAAAGCCCGGAUACUGUUUACGGGUCUUUGCAGUGUAGAGGUGAUAUUCAACAAGAUGAGUGUCAAAGUUGUGUCGAUUUUGCCAUUCAAGAUUUCAACAAAACCGGUAGAUGUCCAAAUUCUAAACAAGCGAUUAUUUGGUAUGAGAAAUGUAUGAUAAGGUAUUCUAAUGAAUAUUACUUUAAUAGGAUGCAAGAAAAUCCAGGAAUUUCUCUAUUGAAUGUUAACAAUGUUUCUAAUCCGGAUCAGUUUAACCGUAUUUUGGGAGAAUUAAUGAAUGGAUUAGUAUUACAAGCUACGUCUACUUCUUCUACUAAUUUUGCUGCUGGAAAUAGAAAUAUUACUGAUUUAGCAAAACUAUAUGGAUUAGUACAGUGUACUGCAGAUAUACCUUCAAGUAAUUGUAAUAGAUGUCUUCUUAAAGCUGUAUCUGAAUUACCACAAGGGAAACGGGGUGGAAGAGUUAUUAAACCUAGUUGUAAUAUUAGAUAUGAAUUAGGUGAUCCUUUCUUUGAAUCUGCUCCAUCACCACCACCUCCUUUAUCUUCUCCUACACCACCAUCGUCAACGAAUGCGCUUGUACCAAAUGGAAAUAGGAAUAACUCAUCUAAACUUACUAUCAGUAUAGUGGUUCCUUCGGUUGUCGCAGUACUUUUUGCCAUUGCCUUUGGGUUCUUCUGUUUCCAAAGAAAGAGACAACAGAUAAAGAAGUAUACCUAUGCGGAUGAUGAGGCUCCAGUUACAGCAGAAUCUUUACAGUUCAACUUCAGUACAAUAAGCGCUGCAACAAAUAAUUUCUCUGAAGCUAAUAAACUUGGAGAGGGAGGAUUUGGAUCUGUUUACAAGGGUACACUUCCAGACAGGCGUGAAAUAGCCGUGAAACGGCUAUCAAAAUAUUCCGGUCAAGGUGAUCAAGAGUUCAAGAAUGAAUUUACAUUAGUAGCUAAACUUCAACACAGAAAUCUUGUGCAGCUUGUUGGUUUCAGCAUGGCUGGUGAAGAAAAACUUAUCAUAUAUGAAUUCAUGCCAAAUGGAAGCCUUGACCAAAUCCUAUUCGAUCCCAUUAAAUGCACACAACUGGAUUGGGACAGACGAUACAAGAUAAUAGCAGGGGUAGCAAGAGGACUUGUCUAUCUCCAUGAAGAGUCCCGACUAAAAAUUAUCCAUCGGGAUCUCAAAGCUAGCAAUAUAUUAUUAGACAUGGACAUGAACCCUAAAAUUGCAGAUUUCGGCAUGGCUAGGCUUUUUGUGCAUGACCAAACUCAAGAGCGUACAAGCAAAAUUGUUGGAACAUAUGGCUAUAUGGCUCCAGAGUAUAUAAUGCAUGGUCAUUUCUCAGUGAAAUCAGACGUUUUUAGUUUUGGUGUCUUAAUAUUAGAGAUACUUUGUGGACAGAAGAACAGCAGUUUUCAUCAAUCCUCUGGUGCUCAAGACCUUCUAAGCUAUGUAUGGAGACGUUGGAAUAACGGGUCUGCUACAGAAAUAUUAGAUCCAACAUUGAAAGACACAUUUUCUAGAGUUGAAGUAUUGAGAUGCAUCCAUGUUGCGUUAUUAUGCGUUCAAGAAGAAGUUGAGGAUAGACCCACAAUGCCCACAGUUGUCCAAAUGCUUAACAGUUACUCUGCGACCGAUCCUGCUUUACCUUUAGCACCUGCGUUUUUUAUUGGGAGUACCGUAAAUAUGGAGCCCCAGUCGAACUUAGGCUACAGCGAAGAACAAGGAAGCUCGAAGAACGAGUCAGUGACUAGUGAAGUAGCGACCGGGAGCGUGAAUGAAGUUACAAUUUCAGAACUAGACCCUCGAUGAUGAUAUAUACCACUUCAUUUCCAGUAUAUAUUUAAUCUUGUUCUUUUGUCUUCUUUUUUCUUCUUAUGUUAGUAGGCAUUGUUGGUUCUUUUUUUGGCAUUUCUUAAAUUUUUUAUCAUCGUUCAUUCAAGAAUUGGAGAUUCAAUUCUCACAAUAACGCUUAUAAAAUCAUAUGCAAUUUACAGAGAA